AUGGCCUCACCGCAGAUUGUUACUCUCCCAAACACGCUCUCCUCGAGUUGCUUGGAGGAGAUUGUCCAAGGUCUGAACAAACCGACUGGCGAGAAAACGCUGCCGACUAUUCUGCUCUACGACGAACGUGGACUGCGGCUUUACGACGAUAUUACAACAAAGGCGCCAGAGUACUAUCUCUUUGCAGCAGAGGAGCAGAUUCUCAGAGACAGCUCGGAUGAGAUUGUACGUCUAAUGCAUGGAGAGCGCGGCCUUCGUAACGGGACCGUCGUCCUUGAGCUCGGUGCAGGGGCUCUUCGAAAGACUUCGCAUCUUCUCAAGGCCCUCGCCAAUGCUGCGCCAGUCGCAUCGCUUCCUACAGUCACAUAUCUCGCAUUGGAUCUCGAAAAGCGCGAGUUGGAUCGCACGCUGUCGCUUAUUUCGACAUCCGACUUGGGUCCGACGCUCGAGGACCGUGUCCGCAUCGGUGGAUUAUGUGGCACAUAUGACGAUGGUAUCGCAUACGUUCGUGGGGGAGGCCUCGCCGAUAUGCAGCAGAAUUCUCCCUUUCUAUCGCCCGCGGCGCUGCGCGCAUCCACCGACCUCCUUGAGCCGGUCGCAAAUCUCGACGCGUGGAACAAAGAGGGCCGUUCACUGCCCUCACCUCUGACGUCGGAGGAUGACGCGACAUCCCCAUCGUCUGUGCAUCGGGCGCCUAGUCCGUCCAUUUUGACAGAAACCCAGUCGUCUUACUCGUUGGACUAUGAAGAAACACCGCCUCUUCACUUCCUCUUCUUGGGAUCCUCUAUUGGCAAUUUUACCAGGGACGGUGCUGCCAACUUCCUCCAAUCCCUACCUCUUCGACAAUGGACCAGUAGUCUCGAACAAGGAGAGGGUUCCUUCGGAGAUACCCUACUGCUCGGACUCGAUCAUGAUAACGAACCGAAGCUGAUCGAGCUCGCUUAUAACGACCCGGCGGGUUACACUCAAAGUUUUAUUAUGAAUGGCCUCCUCGGCGUCCAGAAGGCGUUCCAAGAGUCUGGGAUGGGUCCAGAAGCCAUUUCGGCGUUUGAUCAGAAUCAAUGGGAUUAUCAAGAAAAGUACAACACUGCUGAAAAACGACACGAAGGAAGAUAUCUUUCGACGACCAAGAAGGCGCUCAAGCUGAAUGGAGCUGACAUUCUGAUCGACGAGGGGGAGACUAUCCAUGUGGAGCACUCGUAUAAGUACUCGGAAACGCAGGCAUUGGAACUCUUCCACAAGUCUAAUCUCCAGCCUAUCCAUCGGUGGAUCUCCGCAAAUGGCCUCUAUUCUCUAUGGUUGCUCCACCGACCCAGCUUCGACUUCCCCAUUGCACCCACAAUGUCCAACAAUGCGUCUGAUGACUCGACGUUUCCGCUGAUCCCGACCCAAGAUGAAUGGUCGAAUAUCUGGAAACUAUGGGAUACGGUGACCCUCGGCAUGAUUCCGCCCGAGCUGAUGAUGCAAAAGCCAAUUGACCUUCGUCACAAGUGUCUAUUUUACCUUGGACACAUUCCAACAUUUCUGGAUAUCCAUCUCUCGCGCCUCUUGAAGGAGCCACAUACAGAACCUGACAAUUUCAAAUAUAUCUUCGAGCGAGGUAUCGAUCCCCAUGUCGAUGAUCCUUCACAGUGCCAUCCUCAUUCUGAAGUUCCCAAAGAGGACGAUGAAUGGCCGAGUCUCGAAUCUAUCUUGGCAUUCCGAGAUCGCGUUCGAGCCCGACUUCGAUCUGUUUACGAACGGUUGGAAUCAGGCGACUUGGAGAAGCAGGGUGUACCUACCAGAAAGGCACAGCGAGUCCUUUGGAUGACUUAUGAACACGAAGCAUUCCAUGUGGAGACGCUGCUUUACAUGUUGAUCCAAAAGGUUGACGAUCCUAACGGCACACGACCGCCCCCGGGUAUUCCCAAACCUGAUUGGGACGCUCUUAGUUUGCAAUGGAAACGACGUCUGCAGGAGGAGAGCAGCCAGGAAUCUAUCAUCACGCUUGGACCCGCCAACGUCUGGCUAGGACAUGAUGACUAUGAAGCAGAAGACACUGUACCCAAUCCUUCAAGUCAAGUGUCCGAAUUUGGUUGGGAUAACGAGCAUCCGAAGAGAAUGCAAUCAGUAGCCAAGUUUACGAUCGAAAGACGACCUAUUACCAACGGACAAUACUACGAAUUCUGGAAAUCCCAAGCCUCGAACCAAGUCCCUGCCAGUUGGGUGGUGAACGACGGGAGUGUCAUGAUUCGCACGCUAUUUGGUCUUGUUCCCCUGUCGACAGCACUCGAGUGGCCACUUAUGGCGUCCUAUGACGAACUCGACUCAUUUGCAAAAUCCAAGGGUGGAAGGAUUCCGACCGAGAGUGAACUACGUCUCUUCAUGGACGACCAAUCCUCCAGGGGCGCUGUCAACACGUAUAAUAACGCAGGUUGGGGCUACCAACGCUGGUGGUUGGAGCCUUCUUCUCUUGGCAACCCUUCUCGGAAUCAAGCACCACACAAUGGAGGGGUCUGGGAGUGGACAUCUACAAUCAUGGAUCAGCACGAGGGAUAUCAGCCUUCGAUUCUCUAUCCUGGGUAUUCUUCCGACUUUUUCGAUGGUUUGCAUCACGUGGUGUUGGGAGGUUCGUUUGCCACUCUUCCGCGACUCGCUCAACGACGAACCCUACGCAACUUUUAUCAACACAAUUACCCUUACGCUUGGAUUGGAGCUCGGAUUGCGUAUGACGCGUAG